ACAUGAUUAUAGGGGAUGGACUUUUGCGAGGCCUAUCUCAACUUGAUGCGCAAAUUCCUGUUAAAGCAGAUCCACAGGAGGAGGAGGAAGAGGAGGAAAAGGCGUGCCUUGACUUUACCUCUCACACAAAUAGCAAGCGAAUGUACUGACAGAUCAGGAGACGACGGCCGUCCAGCACCUCCAUCUACAUCCUCCAUCCACCACCUCCAAAGCCCUUUGACCAGUAAACCAACAAUGGGGAAGGAAAAGAUCCACAUCAACAUCGUGGUCAUCGGCCACGUCGACUCCGGCAAGUCCACCACCACCGGCCACCUGAUCUACAAGUGCGGAGGAAUCGACAAGAGAACCAUCGAGAAGUUCGAGAAGGAGGCGGCUGAGAUGGGCAAAGGCUCCUUCAAGUACGCCUGGGUGCUGGACAAACUGAAGGCCGAGCGUGAGCGUGGUAUCACCAUUGACAUCGCUCUGUGGAAGUUCGAGACUAUCAAGUACUACGUGACCAUCAUUGAUGCCCCUGGACACAGAGACUUCAUCAAGAACAUGAUCACUGGUACCUCCCAGGCUGACUGCGCUGUGCUGAUCGUUGCUGCUGGUGUUGGUGAGUUCGAGGCUGGUAUCUCCAAGAACGGCCAGACCCGUGAGCACGCCCUGCUGGCCUACACUCUGGGUGUGAAGCAGCUCAUCGUUGGAGUCAACAAGAUGGACUCCACCGAGCCCCCUUACAGCGAGGCACGUUUUAAUGAAAUCACCAAGGAAGUGAGCACCUACAUCAAGAAGAUCGGCUACAACCCCAAAUCUGUUGCCUUCGUCCCCAUCUCUGGAUGGCACGGAGACAACAUGCUGGAGACCAGCGACAAGAUGAGCUGGUUCAAGGGAUGGGCCAUUGAACGAAAGGAAGGUAAUGCUACCGGAAAGACACUGCUGGAGGCUCUUGACGCCAUCGUGCCUCCCAGUCGCCCCACCGAAAAGCCCCUCCGUCUGCCCCUGCAGGACGUCUACAAGAUCGGCGGUAUUGGAACUGUCCCCGUCGGCCGUGUUGAGACCGGUGUCCUGAAGCCCGGUACCCUCGUCACCUUUGCUCCACCCAACCUGACCACUGAGGUGAAGUCUGUGGAGAUGCACCACGAGUCUCUGACUGAGGCUCUCCCUGGUGACAACGUUGGCUUCAACAUCAAGAACGUGUCCAUCAAGGAGAUCCGCAGAGGCAAUGUGGCCGGCGACAACAAGAACGACCCACCAGUUGGAGCUGAGAACUUCAUCGCCCAGGUCAUCAUCCUGAAUCAUCCCGGCCAGAUCGCGGCAGGCUACUCCCCUGUGCUGGACUGCCACACUGCUCACAUUGCCUGCAAGUUCAGCGAGAUCACUGAGAAGAUCGACCGCCGUUCUGCCAAGAAGCUUGAGGACAACCCGAAGUUUGUCAAGUCUGGAGACGCCUGCAUCGCUCUGCUGACGCCUUCAAAACCCUUGUGUGUCGAGAGCUUCUCUGACUAUCCACCACUGGGGCGUUUUGCUGUGCGUGACAUGAGGCAGACCGUGGCCGUCGGUGUCAUCAAGUCCGUCAACAAGAAGGCCCCCACCUCUGGAAAGGUCACUAAGGCUGCGCUGAAAGCAGAGAAAAAGAAAUGAAUUCUCAUGCAGGAUGCCCAACAGAAAGUGACAUCUUUGCAACCAUCCUCUCUUCAUCCCAACACAGUCUUCCGGCUUAUGCUGAUUAAAAACCAUCGCAAGAGUUUCCGUCGGAAAGUAAGGCUUGUCUGUUAGGAGAAUUAGGAUGAAAUCAAAGAAAUAAAAAACUUAACCAGACCAAGUAAA